AUGACUAGAUUUACUAAAGAAUCUCUUAAUAUUCCUAAAUUAGAUAUGUUAACUGCUAUACAAGCUUUGCAGAGAGGUCUCCACAAAGGAUCCAAACUUCAGGAGGAUCUUAUAAUGACGCCAUGCAGAAAUCUGGAUGAGGCUAAAGCAAGGGCGGCAAGAUUUAUAAGACUUGAAGAAAAUGAGCUAACAUCUUCAAAACUGGAGGCUUUAUCGUAUGACCGUCCAAAUAGGAAAGCAGAAACUCCAGUGUUUAAGCCAAGGAACAAACCCUACACAAGACAUGUUGAUAACCAAGUGAAUGCGGUCGAAGAAGAUGAUGGGGUUGAAUAUCCUGCCCUUUUAACAUAUUGUUUCUCGGUAAUGGCGCUCAGAGAUCUUGGAGACAAAGUGAGAUGGCCACAAAAGAAAAGUGAUUCUUAUUUCAAAAAGAAGGAUCCUAGCCAAUGGUGCGCUUAUCAUGAAGAUUUUGGCCAUCUUACUGAAGAUUGCAAGAUGUUGAGAAAUGAGAUUUUUACUCUUCUGGCCAAAGGAUAUCUUAAGGAACUUCUCGGAAGGAAGAAAGCUAAGGAUCUUGAAGGCGUAGAAUUUGCAAGGCCUAAUUCAACUCAAAAAGCAGAUUCUCCACCUCUAGACGCAAGAGUAAUUAACACUAUUUCUGCUAAGAGAUUUGCAAAACAAAGCAAAACAGAAAAAGGAGAAAAAGGCGUUAAAAAAGCUUCAAUUUCAGAUGCUGAUAUUGUCUCUUUUGAAGACGAUGACUUCGAUGACAUACUGGAGCCUCAUCAUGACGGUCUGGUCGUUACUCUCUUUAUUGCUAACCAUUAUGUUCACAGGAUCUUGAUAGAUAAUGGAAGCUCAGUAAAUAUAAUCAAGCUGGAGACCCUGAGAAGAAUGGACAUUUCUGAAGACAAUAUCAUUAGCAAAGCCUUUCCACUAAUUGGAUUCAGUGGCGAAACCAAAUAUACCGUUGGUGAAAUUAAGCUACCAGUACAUGUUGGAGGGGUAAAUUCCAUGCAGAAAUUUUGUAUGGUCGAUACUCUUCCGAGCUGCAAUAUCAUUUUGGGAAGGCCAUGGAUUCAUGAAAUGAAGGCAGUGCUAUCAACAUAUCACCAAUGUGUUAAGAUGCCAACACCUUGGGGAGUGAUCACUGUUAAAGGAGAUCAACAAGAAGCUAAGGAGUGCUAUAAAUCCACCAUGAAGUCAGUCUCAAAGCCAACUUCACAAUAG